UUAAUGACACAAUGCCAAUUCAUUAUAUAUCAAUAUUUUUUAGAUAAAUUUUACGUGAAAAAAUGCCGCCUAAAGAUGAUAACCGUAGUAACAUCAGCGGGACUGAAACUAUCGAAUUCCUUCGCUGCAUUCCCGUCAAUUUAUACUGUCAUUGUUUACGAUGUGUCUGCUGUGGUCGAGCGACGACACAUCGUUUGGUCAUGGUACUUCUCAUAAUGACUGGGAUUAUCCUCUGUUAUACUCAUAGAGUAUGUUUAAGUCUAGCAAUCACCGAAAUGACUAUUCCAGUAAAUCGCACUAAGGCCGAUGUGGCUAACUCGUGCCCAAUGCCAACAUCCGGUAUAGAUCGACCUGUGAUCAUGGACAUCGAAGGUGGAAAGUUUCACUGGGACGAACAAACUCAGAGCUUACUCCUUGGAUCGUUUUAUAUCGGUUAUCUGCUGACUAACAUACCAGCCGGAUAUCUUUGUGAUAGGUUUGGUGCCAAGUGGGUUGUCACUAUUGGUUGUUUUAUUUCGAGCGUGUGCACUUUAGCAAUACCACCAAUGACUAUUUACACUUCAUGGCAUUUUGUUGUUGGGUUACGAGUGUUGACCGGGUUUGGCCAAGCACCUAUUUAUCCAGGUGCUACUCUGUUGAUGGCACGAUGGAUACCAGAUGCUGAACGCGCGUUAGUAGGUGGUGUGGUAUUGUCCUCGCUCAGCAUCGGUACUAUAGUGGGAAACAUUCCAACUGCUUUUAUUUUGGAAAAUAUGAAAUCUUGGGUGUGGGUGUUUUAUAUCUAUGGUAUUGCUGGGAUUGUCUUUUGUGUUUUGUUUACUAUAUUUGUCUAUUCAAGUCCACAAGUUCAUCCUUAUAUUACAGACGAAGAGUAUGAGUAUUUACAAGUGCGAAUUGCCGUUGGGGAAAAACACAAAGUCCCUUGGAAAGCUAUAUUAUCAGAUUGGACUGUGUGGGGUUGUAUCAUCUGCCAGUUUGGAAAUGAUUAUACCCUUUUCACGGUUAUCACCAACUUUCCUAAAUAUUUAAAUGACGUUUUAAAGUUUACAUCAAAGCAGGCUGGUUUACUUGUGUGCAUUCCACAAGUUGCCCUGUUUGUUGGAUCUGUUACUUUCGGUACCAUCACAGAUGCUAUGGUAGUCCAUUGCCGGGUGAAGAAAGUAACAGUAAGAGUAAUUAACACAUUCAUGGCAACCAUGGUACCAACUGUUUUACUCCUUGUUUGUUGUAAAUUGCGUUGUAAUCGCAUUGGUGCCAUCUCGGCAAUCACCUGCGGCAUGAUUACCAAAUCCAUGUUCUAUGGAGGCCUAAAAGUGAGCAUUAUCGAUAUUACUAAACACCACACUGGCCUUGUGGCGGCGAUUGUAAACGCCGCUGGUGGAGUUGCUGGAUUUAUUGCACCAUACACGAUUGGAAAUGUGGCAUCUGAGAAUACCUUUGAACAAUGGGAUCUUGUUGCUUACAUAAGUCUCGGUAUCUCUGUGGUAAGCAUCAUUCCCUACGCGUUAUUUUGUAAAGCCGAACGUAAAAUUUGGGACCAUCACGAUAACGUUCCUGAACCGGAAGAGGGCGAGAAAACUGGAUGCAUAAAAAUUUUUUCAUGUGUGAAUCGACAUUGAUAAAAUAUACACUUUAACGUUUUAAGUUA